AUGAGACCCUCCCCUUUGAUCGUCUUCGCCCGCACGUCCCCGCAGCAGAAGCUCAUCAUCGUGGAGGGCUGCCAGAGACAGGGCGCCAUCGUGGCGGUGACCGGGGACGGGGUGAACGACUCGCCGGCGCUGAAGAAGGCCGACAUCGGCAUCGCCAUGGGCAUCGCCGGCUCCGACGUCUCCAAGCAGGCGGCCGACAUGAUCCUCCUGGAUGACAACUUCGCCUCCAUCGUCACCGGCGUGGAGGAAGGCCGCCUGAUCUUUGACAACCUGAAGAAGUCCAUCGCCUACACCCUGACCAGCAACAUCCCCGAGAUCACCCCCUUCCUGCUCUUCAUCAUCGCCAACAUCCCGCUGCCCCUGGGCACCGUCACCAUCCUCUGCAUCGACCUGGGCACCGACAUGGUCCCCGCCAUCUCCUUGGCCUAUGAGGCGGCCGAGAGCGACAUCAUGAAGCGGCAGCCGCGGAACCCGCGCACGGACAAGCUGGUGAAUGAGCGGCUGAUCAGCAUGGCCUACGGGCAGAUCGGGAUGAUCCAGGCCCUGGGCGGGUUCUUCACCUACUUCGUGAUCCUGGCGGAGAACGGCUUCCUGCCGGGAACGCUGCUGGGGAUCCGCCUGGCCUGGGACGACCGCUCCACCAACGACCUGGAGGACUCCUAUGGCCAGGAGUGGACGUACGAGCAGCGCAAGGUGGUGGAGUUCACGUGCCACACCGCCUUCUUCGCCAGCAUCGUGGUGGUGCAAUGGGCCGACCUCAUCAUCUGCAAGACCCGCCGCAACUCCGUCUUCCAGCAGGGCAUGAAGAACAAGAUCCUCAUCUUCGGGCUGCUGGAGGAGACGGCGCUGGCCGCGUUCCUGUCCUACUGCCCCGGCAUGGGGGUGGCCCUGCGCAUGUACCCCCUCAAGGUCACUUGGUGGUUCUGCGCCUUCCCCUACAGCCUCCUCAUCUUCGCCUAUGAUGAAGUGCGGAAGCUCAUCCUGCGCCGGUACCCCGGCGGCUGGGUGGAGAAGGAGACCUACUACUAAGAGGCUGUGGCCCCCCCCAUCACCCCCCUGCACCCCCAAACUAACCCCGGGCGUGGGGUGGGGGGGCACCCUCUGCUCCCCCCCACGGGGCACCCAGCUCCCCCCCCCACUUCAGAGCAAUAAAAGAGUUUAACCCCUU